UCCCUGUCCUGGAAAUAACGUUCCCUGUAGAGUUCCAGUGGCAGUGCCAGCAUUUCUGACUUUGGUCCAGGGAGUACAGGGGCUCAAAACACACCUACGGUGUCCUCAGAGCUGCUUUCGAUAAGCCAUGGCCCAGGACAAGAGGAAAAUAAAAGAUAGAAUGGAGCAAGCUCAGGUGGUAGAGAGGGAUAAACAUCAGAAAACUGAGGGAUCCAAGAAAAUAGAAAUUUACCUGACAACAAUUCCAACUGCCGUGAAGAAGUUUGCAGAUAUCUCAGAUAAGAAUACAUCAAAACCAAAUUAUGGGGAUUCCUUGGAGGGGCCGUUUGGUUUUGGCCGUUUCGUUUUCCCUUGUUUACAGCGUUUCAACACCAUCAAGUUCUUCAUGAUGGUGUACUUAAUAUUGGUCUUGCUUCGUGGUAUGAUGCUUUCUCUUGUUGAUAUGAGUUUAAAAAUAUUUGUGUCUCAAUUUUUUCCUUCAAAUUCAGAGAAACUCCUAAUGGAUACUAGUGAUUAUUUUGCCACUUUUCUGCUAUCAAUGUUUGUAGCAUACUUUGGAGGUAGAGGGAAUAGGGCAAAAUGGGUGGCAGCUGCCAGCAUUUUAACAGGACUCUCUGCAAUUGUUUUUGCUUUACCAUUCUUUAAUUAUGAAAUUGCAAAAUUGAGUACAGCAAGAGAAGAGGAUUUGUGUGUGGAAGGAAAAAAAUCUAAAGUUUGUGGGGAAAAUAUAAUACCACACAAAUCAAUAUGUAUUUAUCUCUUCAUCUUUGGACAGUUUCUCCAUGGAAUAGCAGGAAUACCAAUUUAUCUGCUUGCCAUAACCUUCAUUUUUGAACAUGUUCCCACAUCGUCAUCUGGAUUAUAUAUAGGUACUGCAAAUGCUGCACUAAUGGUGGGAUACAUUCUGGGUUUUCUACUGGGAACAAGUAAUUUUAGGAUGCCUGUGCAAGAAGCUAUGAAAGCAGUUGGAUAUGUUCAAAGGUUUCGAAUAUUGCAGAGAAAUUGGUGGAAAUCUUAUUUUUCUAUUGGUUCAAUCGCAAUUUGUACAACUUUACCACUAUUCUGUUUUCCAUCUAAUUUGCCCGGUGCCCACAAGUUAAGACUUAAAAAAAGUCAGGAACCUCCCAGCAUUGACAGGAGACUUAAAAAUAAGGAAAUUAAGCCUAAUUUGAAAGGUUUUCUUUAUGCUAUUUGGUGUCUUCUGAGGAACCCACUGGUGCUUACUCAGACAUUCUGCAAAGUCACAGAGUCUAUGACCUUAAAGGCAUCUACAUAUUUUUUGCCCCUAUAUUUACAAACUCAGUUUUUAAUAACACCAAGGAAUUCUGCUGUGAUCACAGUGUUUUAUUUUCCCUUCUCAGGAAUAUUUAUAAUUCCAGCAUCUAUCAUUGGCAUUUUUCUCGGAGGCUAUAUUGUUGACAAAUUGCAAAUGAAUAUUAAGAACAAAUUGAAAUUUAUAAUGGCAGUAUCUUUAUUAUCAGUUGUGCUUUUCCUAUUAGUGAUUUCUGUGGAUUGUAAAACAGCAAAUUUUUCUGGAAUCAAUGAAGAUUAUGAUGGGCUUGGUAUAAUUGGAAACCUCACAGCUCCAUGCAAUGCACCUUGUGGUUGUACAACUUCCUUAUAUAAACCUGUAUGUGGACGAGAUGAUAAACAAUAUUUCACUCCCUGCUUUGCAGGGUGCAGAGCUACUAAAAAACUAACAUCGGAAAAGGCAUACUACAAUUGUUCUUGCAUUGACAAUGGAUUGACAUCUGCCGAUACUGAUGGUCACUAUAUUGAUGCUUUUUCUGGAACAUGUAAUAUGAACUGUUUUUCAUUACCUUUGUUUUUUGCAUUUUACUUCUCUGCAACGAUUUUUUCUAAUCUUGGUAGUACACCUACUCUCAUGAUUACCAUGGAAUGCUACAUUUAUUCUCACUUUCAUUUAAAAAUGGAACCAGUUUUGGAAUUGCAUAUAUUGCACUAUAACAACAUGGAAAUAAGUGUACCUAUCAGUUGGACGUCAAUGAGCCUGGGUGUGAUGUUUACAAUUUGGAGAUUUGUUGCAUCUUUCCCUGCACAAAUAUUUUUUAGCAGAACAUCAGCUUUAUGUUGUACUCUCUGGGACAUUAAUGAAUGUGGACAUAAAGUACAGUGUUGGGUCUAUAAUAAAGAACAAUUGUUCUACACAUUUGUGGGAAUAUGGAUUAGUAUGCAAGUAGCCACAAGCUUGCUUUGUGUUUAUGCGGUAUGCAGAUAUGAUCAUGUGGUAACAGAAAAGACUAAGAGUCUACCUACACCUAUAAAGCAUAAAAAAGCAAAAGAAGAAGGAGAAGGAGAAGAAGAAGAAGAAGAAAGAGAAGAAAUAAGAAGAUGACAAAGGACUGGAGAAUCUGUGAAGUUCUGAGUUCUAAGGACUACAGACUAUCCUUUGAAGAUUUCAUAAGGUGCGAUUGUGCUAUAAUUUCAUGAGAGAAAAAUACCAUUAAAGUAUCUAUGUGGAUCCUGUCAUAAUUAAAAACAUUUCUAUGAAA